AUGAAAGGUAGAAAAGAAGACUAUGAAGAUUUUGGUGUCUGUUUUCUCCGUUCCCCAAUUUGUUGUGUGAUAGGGCAGGCGUCCACCGGCAAAACCACACUUUUGGAUUGUAUUCGAGGUACUGAUCCUGAAUGUUGUCCUUACACCUAUAUGAUUACCGCUACACAUGUACCUUCUGAGAUCAUACUUGAAAGAUCAUAUGGAUUGAUGAAUCCUAAGAUGAUACUUGAAAGAUCAUAUGGAUUGAUGAAUUCUAAAGCAAAAAUCAGAGUUCCUGGUUUACUGUUUCUUGAUACCCCAGGACACACUUCCUAUAAUAAAUUAAUAUCUAAGGGUUUAGCUCUAUGUGAUAUUGCCGUCUUGGUUGUUAACACUGUGUUGGGAUUAAACCCGCUUACUCAUAAUUCACUCGAUCUUUUAAGCAAGUCCAACAAAAAGUUUAUUCUUGUCGUGAAUCAGGUUGACCGUCGAUGGAAACCAUGUGAGAAUGCUACAUUUGCUGCUGCAUUUAAGCAGCAGUCUGUGAUGGUUCAAAAUGCUUUUAAUACGAAGCUCGCUCAGAUUAUUACACAAUUGAAACAAUAUUCAGAGCCAUAUGAUUUGGCAGAACCACUCUGCAUUGUGCCUACGUGUGCAAAAAGUGGUGAAGGAAUCUCUGAUAUGUUAUUACAAUUGGUUAUGCGGACUCAAAAACUCAUGGUUGAGAAACUAACAUACAGGGAGGGAGAGGAGGAGGAAGAAUUGCUGCAGAGACCUAAUUGCUAUUUGUUUAUGGGUUACCAGUGUACUGUUUUGUAUGCUUACUUUAUUGAAGGCCCUGUUGCCACUAUCGACGUUGUUUUAGUUAAUGGUACUCUUCACGAAGGAGAUAAAAUAAUUGUAUACGGAAAGAAGGUGAAAAUUGUUACCUCAAUUAAAUCUUUAUUGACACCUAGUCCACUAAGGGAAAUUAAUAAUUCUAAGGGAAACUAUGUCAGACACACUAAAAUACAAGGUGGGAGGGCUAUCAAGAUCAUUGCCAAGGGGCUUGAAUAUGCUAUUGGCCACGAUGAUUUAUAUCUUUUGAGACCUCAUGUUUCAAAAAAUGUUGAAGAAAGAGCCUUGGUUUCCGUCUACUAUAAUUUUUGA